UCUCUAUGUAUUGUUCCUCCGUGCAAAUGGAAGCAAUGGAAGAAAAUGAUCAAGUUUGGCAACAUCAUGUAGACACUUCUCGUCCAUUUAGCUCGGUAAAAGAAGCUGUUGCCACAUUCGGCCAACGGAUUAAGCUAACAGUAAAAACUCAUACCUUAAACUCCAAACUGGUAAGUCCUAUUGCUAGCCCUAGCAUCAGUCAGACUACUAAACCGGUAAGUACUGUUGCUGCUAGUCCCAGAAUCAGCCACGCUGCCUCUCUGCCAUCUUCUUCAUGGAAGCUGCGCCCUUCUUUGCCUUCUUCUCCUCAAGGUCCAGAAGACGAGUUCAUGGAAGUUUUGAAGAAGCUUGAAGCUGAGAUAACGGAAACAAGGGCAGAGAUGAGGAUGUUAAAGGAGAGAGAGUUAGAGACAGAUGUGGCUUUGGCUUCUUUAAAUGCUGAGUUACAUAAGAACAUGUCAAAGAUGGCUAAGGCCGAUGCUGCAGGAGAAUGUGAAGCAGUCAUGGCCAAGACGGUAAGCUUCAAGGAAACGAAAGAAAAAGAAAACGGAGAGGAAGAGAGGAGGAAAGAGCUGAUGAGAAGGAUGCAGAAUGAGUAUAUCUCACUGGCUCAGAUACUUGACAGUAACAAAGGAAACAGGGAUGUGUGUUUUGGAGAAACUAAGACAAAUGGGAGCAAGAAGAAGAAACCUAUCGUUCCUCUUUUGGGAGAUUUCUUCUUCUUCAAGAAAAAAGUGUCCACAACAGAAAAUUCUGAACCUCUUUUCACUACCUCUUCCACUCUGCGAUUUUAGCUGAAACACUCAAAGCCCAGAGAAAUAUGUGAUACCAGUGUGUAUGUAUGUGUGAGUUCUUUAUUUGUUUGUUUCUUUGGUUCUUUGUUUGGCUUUUGUGUGCAAAGCAGCCAACGUGUGUUCCCUCUUUCAUCAUAUAAUAGUUAUUACCUAUCAAUCAUUAAUCAAUAAGAGAUUGUAAG